GCCACUUGCCUGCUAGCAGCCAAGCAAGCACCACGAUUUACAAGUAAACAGCAGGAACAGUGUAUGUAUUCAUUGGAAGACACGCUUCAAUGGCGAUGAGUAUGCGAGUGGCACCCUUCAUCCCCAAUCUCCGACAAGGAGAACCCAGAAACCUCAAUUUUCCCAACAAACAUUCGACACUAUCUUGUUGCUCUCUUCGCAGUUCAGACCCCCAUGUGUCUCAGAAACUUGUCAAGCACUUCAAUCCCAAUAUUCCCAUAGAGGAAGCCGUCACACCCCCAACUUCAUGGUACACUGACCCCUCUUUCUUCCAGCUUGAGCUCGAUCGCGUCUUCUACAGAGGAUGGCAAGCUGUGGGGUCCACGGAGCAGUUAAAGGAUCCCCAUGACUUUUUCACUGGAAGACUAGGAGAUGUGGAAUUCGUGGUAUGUCGGGAUGAUAGUGGGAAGGUCUGCGCCUUUCACAAUGUUUGUCGUCAUCAUGCCUCUCUUCUUGCUUCAGGAAGUGGACAGAAGUCCUGUUUCGUUUGCCCUUACUAUGGUUGGACAUAUGGAUUAAAUGGAGCACUUCUUAAGGCAAAUAGAAUAUCCGGAAUGCGGGAUUUCAAUGUGAAAGAUUUUGGCCUUAUACCAAUCAAAGUAGCUACAUGGGGGCCUUUCGUUCUUCUCAAUUUGGAGAAAGAGAAUCUUUCUCAGAAGGAAGCUGAUCAUCAUAAUGUGGCAGAGGAAUGGCUUGGUAGCUGUUCAGAAAUACUGAGUACUAAUGGAGUUGAUUCUUCAUUAAGUUAUGUUUGUAGACGUGAAUACACCAUUGAUUGCAAUUGGAAGGUAUUCUGUGAUAACUACUUAGAUGGUGGCUAUCAUGUGCCAUAUGCACAUAAAGGCCUGGCGUCUGGUCUUAAACUCGAUUCCUAUUCUAUCACAAUGUUUGAAAGGGCUAGCAUCCAAAGUUGUGAAAGUAGCUCAGAGAAAAGCAACGACAAUUAUGAUAGACUUGGAAGAAAAGCUAUAUAUGCUUUCAUUUACCCAAAUUUCAUGAUUAAUAGGUAUGGACCUUGGAUGGAUACCAAUCUUGUACUUCCUUUAGGACCCAACAAAUGUCAAGUAGUAUUUGACUACUAUCUGGAACACUCUCUACAGCAGGAUGACAAAGAUUUCAUAGAGAAAAGUUUACAGGACAGUGAGAAAGUGCAGGUAGAAGAUAUUGUGUUGUGUGAAGGUGUCCAGAAAGGUCUCCAAUCCCCAGCAUAUUUUGUGGGAAGAUAUGUUCCUACAGUGGAGCAGGCCAUGCACCAUUUCCAUUGUUUGCUGUAUGAAGACAUGAUCAUAUAAACUCCCUUGUACUUGCACUGUGUGUUUGUCUGGAUUUCAAAUUGAGUCAGGAUUUAAUGUAUCAAAACACCAUUUGCCCAAGUUGUAAUAUAUAAAGGCUUGUCUGACUUACAAAUUGCAAUAGUGUAAUUACCUUGCAAAGCUCUCGGAGAGAAUUUUGCUAGAUUUUCUUGAGCAUACAAAAUUGGUCUAGUUAAUAUUUCUUUUGAAA